UUCCGAGUCAAGUUGAAUCUUCGGCUACACGGUACUCCGAAAAUCCCAGAAAAGUUGCAGGUCGCAGGCUUUCCAAGGGCUUCCUUGAGUUGAACGUUUGGUUCUGACUCUUGCCAGGACGAGUGCAGUUGCUGCUCACAUGUCUACCAGCACUCAGGCAACACCACUAGAGCAACCGGUGCUCUUUGAGUCGAAUGGGGCGACGCGCACUUAUGUCUUGAACCGAGCAAGCAAACUGAACGCUCUCAAUGGUGACAUGCUCAAGUUAAUGAGACCUCAACUGGAGCAAUGGUCAAAGUCCGACCUAUGCAAGAUUAUCGUCGGGACAGGCAUCGGCCGUGCAUUUUGUGCAGGCGGUGAUGUUGCAACUGUACUACAGCAUUCACUGCAUGAUGAUACUCGUUCAAAGGCUAUAGAAUUCUUCAAAGACGAAUUUGAAAUGGACUAUAUCUUGUCUGCAUUACCAAAGCCAUACGUAACCAUCCUGGAUGGUAUCACAAUGGGCGGAGGAGUCGGACUUGCCAUUAGCGCACCUUUUCGUGUUGCAACGGAGAAAUCAGUAUUUGCUAUGCCAGAAACCAAGAUAGGUUACUGCCCCGAUGUUGGAGCGAGCUUCUUCUUGUCCAGGAUCGACGGUGAAAUUGGCACAUAUCUCGCGCUCACCUCAGAAACUCUUGCUGGCAGGGAAGUCUUUGAACUAGGAUUUGCUACCCACUUCGUAUCAUCAAGAACAGUGCCCAACCUACUAGCUCGUUUAUCUGAUUUGGAGGACCCUACUUUUGCUAUGAUUGAUAGGACCAUCGAGGACCAUCACGCAAAACGCCUUCCGGAUGAACCGGUUGGAAAACUAACGGGUCGUAAGCGCCAGGCUCUUGAUAUGGCAUUCCGACACGACACAGUUGAGGAGAUUGUGGAAGAUCUCACCAAGUUGGCCUCAACUUCUGAUGACUCAGUCGCCAAGUGGGCCUCGGAAACACUGGAGAUCUUACAUAUGCGGAGUCCGACUAGUCUCAAAGUAGCACUGGAAGCAGUCCGACGCGGGAAGAAAAUGACGCUCCUCGAAGCCCUUCAAAUGGAAAUGGGCAUUGCCACAGCUUACUGUAGCGGUGCAAGUACAGAUUUCACUGCAGGAAUAACCGCGGUCCUAGUUGACAAAACAAAAGGUCGCCCUGCUUGGUCUCCUGAUCAGCUCAAUAGCGUCUCAGAUGUGAUAGUGAGACAAUUUUUUGAGAGAAAUUCUAGUUAUCUCAGCGCCGUACCUACAUUGACACCACCGGACUUCCUUUCGAAUGGCCAGCAAAAUCCGAUGAAAUUUGCUCUGCCAAGUGAAGAUGCCAUCUUGCAAAUCGUCAAGUCCAAGGCCAGAAAAGAUCCUAUCUCCCUCUCUGAUCUACUGGCACAUUUUGAUGGUCUUCACUCGGGCAAGCAAGGCGUCGCGGAGAAAGUGGUGGAGGUAGUGAAACGCAAUUGUGAUGUCAUUGGUAGUCAAGGUUCGGAGGUGGUUAAUUGCAAAGAGCAAUUGUAGUUUACUCCCGUAGUUGCUGCACAGUGUACCAUCCUCGAUAUCACAAUUUGCUUAUCUUGCUGUACGCGUGCAGUUGUUACCACGUCAUCCGCAACGCAGCGGACCGGAACUGC